CCAAUUAAAAGUGUCCGGACUGGGUGACCCGUUUUCCAUAAGCGCCGUUUGAGACGAGCUCGAGCUUUGGUCGACUCGGGAGAGGAUUUUUCAAGUGGGAAUCGAAGUUAUAAGAGACAAUUUCAAUCAUGGAGGAAGACGAUGAUUAUGUGGAGUAUGUGCCGGUGGCGAAGCGUAGAGCCAUGGAAGCGCAGAAGAUACUUCAGCGAAAGGGCAAGGUCUCGGCUCUUGAGGAAGAAGCAGAGAAGGCGAAACUCGCUGAAGCGAAACCGAGCUUGCUCGUCAAGGCGUCACAGCUGAAGCGGGACAUCCCCGAAGUUAGUCCCACCGAGCAGAUUGUGCAACAAGAGAAGGAGAUGAUAGAGCACUUGUCCGAUAGAAAGACACUUAUGUCCGUUCGUGAAUUGGCCAAAGGUAUCACUUAUACAGAGCCUCUUCUGACGGGAUGGAAACCCCCUCUGCAUAUUCGUAGGAUGUCUAGGAAAGAGAGGGACUUGAUCCGAAAGCAGUGGCAUAUCAUUGUUGAUGGUGAAGAUAUCCCUCCACCAAUCAAGAACUUCAAGGAUAUGAAAUUCCCACGACCUGUGCUUGAUAUGCUCAAAGAGAAAGGGAUCGUGCAGCCGACACCGAUUCAAGUUCAGGGUCUUCCAGUGAUUCUGUCCGGGAGAGAUAUGAUCGGGAUUGCUUUCACGGGUUCGGGGAAGACACUCGUGUUUGUGCUUCCCAUGAUUAUGAUAGCUCUGCAGGAGGAGAUGAUGAUGCCUAUUGUUGCUGGAGAAGGUCCCUUUGCUUUGAUUGUUUGUCCUUCUAGGGAACUUGCUAGGCAAACCUAUGAAGUGGUUGAACAGUUUCUGGCUCCUUUGAGAGAAGCCGGAUACCCGGCUUUGAGGUCAUUACUCUGUAUUGGUGGAGUGGAUAUGCGAUCCCAGUUGGAGGUCGUGAAGAGAGGCGUGCAUAUCGUCGUGGCUACACCGGGGAGGUUGAAGGAUAUGCUUGCCAAGAAAAAGAUGAACUUAGAUGCUUGCAGGUACCUGACACUGGAUGAGGCAGAUAGGCUGGUAGAUUUGGGAUUUGAAGAUGACAUAAGAGAAGUCUUUGACCACUUUAAGGCACAGCGUCAAACUCUACUGUUUUCCGCCACAAUGCCCACAAAAAUUCAGAACUUUGCUAGAAGUGCUCUGGUUAAACCCGUGACUGUUAACGUAGGAAGAGCCGGAGCUGCAAAUCUCGAUGUUAUCCAGGAGGUCGAGUAUGUCAAACAAGAAGCAAAGAUUGUUUACCUCCUCGAGUGCCUGCAGAAAACUCCGCCCCCUGUUUUGAUCUUCUGUGAGAACAAAGCCGAUGUGGAUGAUAUCCAUGAAUACUUGUUACUGAAAGGAGUCGAAGCUGUGGCCGUCCAUGGAGGGAAAGAUCAAGAAGAGAGAGAAUAUUCCAUUUCGUCAUUUAAAGCUGGGAAAAAAGACGUCUUGGUCGCCACUGAUGUAGCUUCAAAGGGUUUAGAUUUCCCGGAUAUACAACAUGUUAUCAACUACGACAUGCCUGCAGAGAUUGAGAACUAUGUCCACAGGAUUGGACGAACUGGACGUUGUGGUAAGACCGGGAUAGCGACGACAUUCAUAAACAAGAACCAGACCGAGACAACUCUGCUCGACUUGAAACACUUGUUGCAAGAGGCUAAGCAGAGGAUUCCACCUGUGUUGGCUGAGCUGGACGAUCCGAUGGAAGAAGCAGAGGCCAUUGCCAGUGCAAGUGGUGUAAAGGGCUGUGCUUAUUGUGGUGGGCUUGGACACCGUAUCCGAGACUGUCCUAAGCUGGAACACCAGAAGAGUGUGGCAAUCUCAAAUUCGAGAAAAGACUAUUUCGGUUCUGGUGGAUACAGAGGAGAGAUGUGAUCUGCAGCUCAGUCUUAUGCCUGCUUGCUCUCCAGAAAUCAUAGCGUGUAUCUUUGCACUUUCUUUCAGCUUGUAGAGUUCUGUUUGAGAUGAUACGAGUUGAAAGUUCUGUACUUUCGGUCUUAAGUUUUAUAAUCAUCCACUGGAUCAAUGAAAAGAUCAUGUCUUGGUAUGGAAUUCUAACUUUCACUA